UACUGCUCCAGGCUUCUGAAAACCACGGUUGGAGCCAGCAUCAUGGUUGGUCUGAAGAUUUGGUCUGUCUUGCUGUUUAUACUCUACCAUUUCUGUCAAAGCUGUAUCCCAUGUGGAAUUUCAACACAUGUUGAAAUAGCACAUAGAGCUCUGGAAUUUUUCAUUAAGCAUGAAGGGAGUGUUAAUUAUAGACAGUUAUUACUAAGUCACCAAGAUGCUUUUCAGGCUGGGAGCAUUUAUCCUGAUGCCUUUUAUCCUCCAAUCUGCAAACAUGGAAUGUUCCAUGAUGUGUCUGAAGACACCCACUGGACACCAUUUCUCAAAGCAAGUAUUGACUACAUAAGAAGGAAUUAUCCUCAGCCUUGGGAAGAGGCUACAGAGAAGCUGGUGGCUUUCCUGUUUGGAAUUGCUUCACAUAUGGUGGCAGAUAUUAGCUGGCAUAGCCUGGGCAUCAACCAAGGAUUUCUAAAGGCCAUGGGAGAAAUUGAUUUUCAUGGUUCUUACUCAGAAGCUCACAGUGUUGGAGAUUUUGGAGGAGAUGUAGUGAGUCAGUUUGAGCUGGACUUCAGUUACCUGGCAUCAAGUUGGUAUGUACCUGUCAAAGACCUAGCAGCUAUCUAUAAGGAAUUUUAUGGAAAAGAGAUCAUAACUGAAAGCACAAUUGCUGAAUGCACUUAUCUGCUGUUUUUUGAACUGCAUGGAGAAAGGCUUCUUGUUGGCAAGCUUUUUCCAACAUUUGCUAGUAAAUCUCCAUUUCUGGUGGAAAAGUUCAAUGAAUAUUUCCUUGGAGGAGUGGAUGACAUGGCAUUCUGGAGCAACAACAUUUUUGAGCUGACGAGCCAUAUGCUAGAGAACGGAACCAGUGACUGCUACCUGCCUGAGAACCCCCUGUUCAUAAACUGCACAAAGGAGAACAAGGAGAGCCACAUCAGAAACAAACAAUCAAAACAUGAACAUCACAAGAAUACAACUUCUUUGCUUACAGAAACACUUGAGAAGAAUAUAAACUAUACAGAGAGAGGAGUUCAAUUCAACAUACAGCCUUGGGCAACAAAAUCCCUCCACUUGAUAAACCAUGCUUUUAAAACCAAUGUCUGGAGAGCACUAGAAGCUACACAUCAGAAAUCUUCUAAGCACAUCUCUAAGCCAGUAGCUUCAUAUUUUCUGACUUCACCCUAUGCUAGGCUUGGAUGGGCACUCAUCUCAGCUGACAUAAACCAGGAUGGAUAUGAAGAUCUGGUGGCUGGAGCACCAGGGUACAGCACCAUGGGCCAUAUUCAGAUAGGAAGGGUGUAUGUGGUCUAUGGCAACCAGUCAGGUUUGCCACCAGAGGACAUGGAUCUGGACAGGAAAGCUGACCAAAUACUACAGGGUCAUCAACCUUCAGGAAGAUUUGGUUCUGCCUUGGCAGUCCUGGACUUCAAUGAAGAUGGAGUGCCAGAUCUGGCAAUUGGAGCACCUUCUGUGGGAUCUCAGUUUCUUACUUACAAAGGUGCUGUGUAUGUCUACUUUGGAACUGCGGGAAGAGGCUUGGCACCGCAGCCAAACAUUACCAUAACUUGUCAGUAUUCCUACUGUAAUCUUGGUUGGUCCCUCCUGGCAGCUGAUGUUGAUGGGAAUGGAAAUGCUGAUCUGGUUGUGGGCUCUCCAUAUGCACCCGGUGGUGGAAAGCAGAGAGGAUUUGUGGUUGCAUUUUACUCUCAUUUCAACAGGAGUGACCAAGGACUUCUGUCAGUACAGGAUGCCAACUGGAUGGUAGAGGGGGAAGAAAACUAUGCUUGGUUUGGAUUUUCUCUUGCCAGCUGCCAGCUGGAGGAUGUGAAAUUACUGCUGAUUGGUAGCCCUACAUGGAAGACUUGUUCUAGUUCAAGCUGCAAUCCCCUCUUGCUGGAUGUCAGACAGAGUGUUGGGAAGGUGUAUGGAUAUAACCCACCAAGUACAGAGCACAGGUUUGAGAUAACUGGAGACAAGGACAUGGGCAGAAUGGGUUUGUCUCUGGCUAGUGGUGUGCUCUCUGUGGAUGGGAACACAAGAAAAGUUUUGGUGGUGGGUGCACCUACUGCAGACAGCCUGUCUAGGAUUUUAUUUAUGCCCUCAGUGCUGCAUCAAGCUGGACUUGCUGUGGUAUAUGACCUGUCAAACAGCACCAAGCCUUCUCUGCUCAGUACAUUCAGUGGGGACAGGAGGUUUUCUCGUUUUGGAGGAGACAUAUACUUAAGUGAUCUGGAUAGCGAUGGGCUAGAUGAAAUGAUUGUGACAUCCCCACUGCGAACUAACGGUGUCACCUCAGUCCUGUCUGGUGGGGCUGCUGGCCGUGUUUAUAUCUUCAAUGGCAGACAGGCAUCCUCAGGGAAUGUGACAGGCCACUGCACAUCAUGGACAUCUCCCUGUCCUGAGGACUGGGCACAGUAUGUCCUGAUUUCUCCUGAGGAACUAUCAAGAUUUGGGAGUUCUGUUACCACUGUGAAAUCUGAAAAAAAGAAAGAAGUUGUAGUGGCAGCAGAGAGAAGUUCUGCAAAAGCUCGACUUGGUGGAAGGCUUUUUGUCUACUCGCUCUAAAAGUUCACAGUAGCCUUAAAGACCAGGACACACCUGGUCUUCUAGUGAAGAAUUGCUGUAGUUUUUGUGCUACUUUCCUGAAUCCACACAAACCAACAUACUAUGCCAGCAAGCUUUUGCAGAAUUCUGUGGUGGGCAACAGCAUUGUUUAUCUAGAAAAAGCAAUCUGGUCUGAAAACCUUUCAUAGGUUGAAAUGAGCAGGCAGCUGCAUUUUUGGUAGUAGCAUUUGGCUGUAUAAGGAAUGUUCAGAGACCGCUUUCUUUACUGGCCAGAUUUGAGUAUCUUCUUGACAAAACUGGGAAACUGCAGCACAGGAUUUACAAUUACUUACAUAUUGUAAUAAAGAUAAGGAUUUUGAAUUUUGGAAAGUUACUGUCAAAAUAAUAAGCAUGGAGCAGGAGCAGCUCUAAGACUAACAGAAAGGUGGGUGCUGAUCAACAGGACUCUCUCUCCUCUCUCUCAAGUCUUGAGGCCUGCAUUGAAGGUGUAGCACAGCUUGGAUGUCCCAGGGAAAAAGAACAAGACUUUAGGAAAAGCUUCUGCAGUUUCACUGAUUACUCUGACAUCAUUUCUGCUUUUGUGUAAAAUUCCAUGACCAUGAUAACAUAGAGUUGUUAAUGGCUCUUACUGUUAACAGUAUUGUCUUUAACUAACACUAAUUUUGUAUGAUGCAGGUUUAACAGUGUGCAUCAAUUAUCUAUUAAACAACUUGAGCAGCAGAAUGUGUUGAUACUCUUAUUUGCCAGUACUAGUCUGUAGACAUAUAUGUGUGUUUUCUCUCUCUUGCCUCCUUCACAAAGGCAAAGCAUUUUUUUUAUUUUAAAUAAAAUUGCAGAGAAUUCUAAAGGUCAUAUUCCAAAAUUAAAGACCUCAACUUACCUUCCUAGGAAUUCUCUCUCAAGGGUGUUGUUUUAAACAAAUCAAAAAAGGCAAGGUGAACAUUAGUUUGAUGUACAAUGCAUUCUGGCAUCUAUUUUGAGGACUUGCCCAAAUAGGAAAAGAGUUUAUGAAAGAAGUUAAAUCUGAAUUUCAUGGAAGAAGUAACUGGAUACAACUGGGAUUGCAGUACGUGCAUUACUAAUCUGUUAACUGUGGUAUGAGGCAAACUAUGGGUGGUUUUAAGGGCAGAAUAAAGGUUUUCUCUUCAAAUCAAAAUUUACAAAACCAGUAUAUUCUGUAUCAAUUCCAUUCUGAACAUACACUCUCCACUGGCUUUUGUUUUUUCUAUGUAUGACCU